AUGGCUGAUUUCGGAAACACUGUUAAGAGUAUUAUUGUUACAAAUCUACCAAAAGAUUAUACUGAAAGCCAACUUGAAGAACUUUUUUCAAGUUUUGGUCAUAUUAUAUCAUGUAAAGUUGCACCAAUUGAUCGCAAUAUUGAAGGUAGUUAUGGUUUUGUUAAUUAUGAUGAAUCAGAAAGUUGUACUAAAGCCGUUGAAAAUAUGAAUGAUUAUGUUGGUGAUGGAUUUACUCUAUCUGUUAACUAUUCAUCAACACAAACGAGUAAUUACUUCAAUCAACCACCAAAUAAAUCCCGUAUUAACGAUCGACCAAAUGACGAAUUUAUAAUAAAUGAAAAUUAUUCUAUUUAUUUAUCAAAUCUUGAACUACCAAAUAUAAUAUUUGCAGCAACAUCAGAUGAUUACAUUAAUGGAGCAUUACUUUUUGCAAAAAUGAAUAAUUAUGAACAAAUGUUAACAGUUAAAUCGAACUUUUAUGAAUCAAAAUUAAUUGUUGGAGAAUUUUGUGCUGCAAUUUUUAAUGGAGAUUGGUAUCGAGCACGUAUAUUAAAAAUAAAUGAAAAUCACGUUCAAGUUCAAUACGUUGAUUUUGGGAAGAUUGGAUGGUGUUACUCACGUCAUGAAAUCAAACCAUUACGAAAUAAGUAA